UCCGGUCACCAUCUUGAGUGACAGUAAAGGCGGAGCUUCAGGUGACAUGUUCAUUAAGGGCAGGGCUUCGAGGGAUCCAGUCCCGCAGCGACCGCACACCACCGUCCGCCGACGCAGGCGGACAGUUUUAGCCCCGCCCCCGGCCUUGGGCUCCACCUCCCGGCCUCACUUCCGCCGGCGAACGAGCGUUCGUAGGCGUCGCUGCCGUAAACCAGGCGGGAGGUUUGCCGCAUCACGGAAGAUGGCGGCUGCGACGGUGGACGGGGCGACAGGGGUCUCGAGCACCUCGGCGGCCUCGGGCGCGGUCCUGCAGGCCGCGGCUGGCAUGUACGAACAACUCAAGGGCGAGUGGAACCGUAAAAGCCCCAAUCUUAGCAAAUGCGGGGAAGAACUGGGCCGCCUCAAGCUGGUUCUGCUGGAGCUCAACUUCCUGCCAACCACAGGGACCAAGCUGACCAAGCAGCAGCUUAUCCUGGCCCGUGACAUACUGGAGAUUGGCGCCCAGUGGAGCAUCCUACGCAAGGACAUCCCCUCCUUCGAGCGCUACAUGGCCCAGCUCAAAUGUUACUACUUUGACUACAAGGAGCAGCUCCCUGAGUCGGCCUACAUGCACCAACUCUUGGGUCUCAACCUCCUCUUCCUGCUGUCCCAGAACCGCGUGGCUGAGUUCCACACAGAGUUGGAGCGCCUGCCUGCCAAGGAUAUCCAGACCAAUGUGUACAUCAAGCACCCUGUGUCCCUCGAACAAUACCUGAUGGAGGGCAGCUACAACAAGGUGUUCCUGGCCAAGGGUAACAUCCCUGCUGAGAGCUAUACCUUCUUCAUUGACAUCCUGCUGGACACUAUCAGGGAUGAGAUUGCUGGGUGCAUUGAGAAGGCCUAUGAGAAAAUCCUUUUUACUGAGGCCACCCGGAUUCUCUUCUUCAACACACCCAAAAAGAUGACGGACUACGCCAAGAAGCGAGGGUGGGUCCUGGGGCCCAACAACUAUUACAGUUUUGCCAGCCAGCAGCAGAAGCCAGAAGAUACCACCAUCCCUUCCACAGAACUGGCCAAACAGGUCAUCGAGUAUGCCCGGCAGCUGGAGAUGAUUGUCUGAGCCCACUGGGCCCUGGGGGUGGGCAGGGCAUGGUUAUUUAAAAACACAGUGCAGGGUGUCCUCCAAUAAAGGUGGUUUGGUGUUUGCUCUUCUA